AUGGCUUCCGCAACCACCUUCUUCGACUUUGAGCCAGUCGACAAGAAAGGCUCUCCUUUCCCACUCACCCCGCUUAAGGGCAAAACCAUCCUUGUCGUCAAUACUGCCUCCAAGUGCGGCUUCACUCCCCAGUUCGAAGGCCUCGAGAAACUCUACCAGAAGCUCAAGGAAAAGUACCCUGAAGACUUUACUGUCCUCGGAUUCCCUUGCAACCAGUUCGGCGGCCAGGAUCCCGGUUCCAACGAUCAGAUUCAACAUUUCUGCCAGCUGAACUACGGUGUUACGUUCCCCGUUUUGGGCAAGCUGGAUGUGAACGGAAAUGAGGCCUCACCCCUGUGGACCUGGAUGAAGGAGCAGCAACCCGGUCUGCUGGGCCUGAAGCGCAUCAAGUGGAACUUCGAAAAGUUCCUGAUCUCGCCCGAGGGCAAGGUUGUCGGUCGCUGGGCCAGUACCACCAAGCCCGAGUCGCUCGAGGACACCAUCGUUAAGGAGAUUGAGAAGUCACAGAAGAAUGGAACUGCAGCUUCGACUCAGGCUAAGGAAGGAGAGUCUGCUGAGCAGGCUAAAUUGUCGUAA